UAAAAGGUGUAGUGUUCUGCUGUUUUUCAAACUACAUCUACAUCAGCAUUCAUAAAUAAGUAACUACAAGUUUACUUCUUAUCUAUUAGUAAUGAUAUUUAUGCAGCCAUACCAGGCUCUAGAGUAGACAAUAGGACACACUUUUACCUGGAGAUGUUGAUAUCCAGCUUUUAGCAUAUGCAGUAAUGGUCUCCAUUAUAUAUGAGUUGCAUUGAGUGGGGAUAUUCACCUUGAGAGCGAACACCCUGGCCUGACAGGGUCCGUCCACACACAAGACAGCUGCCUGUUCAGAUCCCGGUGGAGGAGAGAAACACCCUGUUCUGUACAGAAGAAGCUGUUCAGGAGAUUACAGACAAGAUGUUAAGUAAUAAUAAUAGAUCAAAUUUAUAUAGCGCUUUUCCCAGUGCUUAAAGACGCUUCACAAUCGCUUCAUAAGCUAAAUAAUAAUAAAAAAAAAGAAUGUUUAGGUUGCAACGGAUCGAGCUGUAGCUCAGGUUCAGGAAAAGGUUUAGUAGCAAGACAAGUGCUACAGACGAGCAGUAUAUGACUUCAUUAUACCCGAUAACAUGUCACAGUAUUACAGAGACUGAUCCAGAUGAGUCCAGAAGUUCUCAAUUCCAUGAAACCCAGGGAGCCCACAGGAGAGCGCUUAUCAUCCCAGGUUGGAUGUUCUAGAGAGGCUGGUGUUCAGAUGCACCAUGAUGUAAAAACGUUUUUUAAAAACCAAAAUACCCAAUGAUUAAACGGGAAGCGAUAAAUAAUUGAUUUGAUGGUUUCAACCUACAAAUCAAACAAGAGACAUGCAGGUGUCCAAUCUUAUUUAGGGUUGUACGACAUCCAUAAUGCUAUAUGAAUAACGAUUAUUACUUGCCUAUUACUAUGUGACUAGUUUUUAAAUGCUAUAUUCUUUAUUUUGUCGGGUUUAACUGAUUCUUGCUUUUAAAUUAAUUCAAACUAAAUACUAAAUGAUAGUAAUAGAAUAGUAAAUGCAGAGAAUACAGAAACUAAGUGUGGUCCUGCUGACAUAAAAAAAAUGCCUAACCCUAACAAUCAAAAUUCACAACAUUUGAUCAGACGGAACAUAUCUAACGGUGAGCAUCUGUUCAUCAAUAAAAAAGCAACACAUUGUAGUCCCUGCUGAAGUUACUUGAUUCCCUUGCGCAAUCUGGCAACUCAGGGCGAUCUGGCAACCCGGGGCGAACUGCGACAACAUCACUGAAGGAAGAUGACAGCAACAAGGGUUCCAGGGUGUGUCUGACCUGACCGGCACGUCACGGAGGAGACCACAUCGACCUUCUGUCCACCGCACUCUCUCCUCCCUCCCCUCCCCCCCUCCUCCUCCUCCUCCCCCCGGCUAGAGCGGACCGCUGGGACAUGCCCCCGGGGCUGUGCUGGAGGUGAGGCAGCAUGCGCGGGACCGUGGCGAGGGCCGCGGCGGCGACCACGGCGAGGGGGACGUGAUGUCAACAUGGUCCACGGCGGAGCACAUCAACAUGGAGCAACGGCCCAGCAGGGGGGAGGACGAGCCCCGGGACCAGGGGUCUGAGGAGGGCAGCAGCUCCGACAGCGACCCCGACGACCAGGGAGGGACCCGCCUGCAGGUGACCCCAGGGGGCGGCGGGGGGGGGAGUGGCUGCCGACGGCGGGACCCGCUGGUGGCCAAGCCCCAUCGCCAGCUGUGCCGCUCGCCCUGCCUGGACCGGCCCAGCUUCUCCCAGAGCAGCACCGCGCACGACCUCCGCACCGACGACGGCGCCAACGCCGCCUCGGCCGCCGCGGCGGCGUCUCCGCCGGUCGGCGCGCGCCACCACGCCGGCGAGCGCGACUACCAGAGCAAGAUGGAGUUCGCCCUGAAGCUGGGCUACUCGGGCGUGCAGGUGGACACGGUGCUCCACAAGCUGGGUGCGGCGGCGCUCAUCAACGACGUGCUGGCCGAGCUGGUGCGCCUGGGCAACGCGCCGGAGCCCGAGGCCAAGGCCGGUGGCGCCGGCACGGCCAGGGCCGCCACGGGGCCCCGGGCCCCCUGCGUCACCGAGGCCCCCAGCCCCGAGGUCUCCCUGGAGGAGGAGCCGUGCGAGACCUGCGAGAAUCUGCGGCCCAUUGUGGUGGACGGCUCCAACGUGGCCAUGAGCCAUGGGAACAAGGAGGUGUUCUCGUGCCGGGGCAUCCAGCUGGCCAUCGAGUGGUUCCUGGAGAAGGGACACCGGGACAUCACCGUGUUCGUCCCCACCUGGAGGAAGGAGCAGUCCCGCCCGGACGCCCUCAUCACAGACCAGGAGAUCCUGCGGCGGCUGGAGAAGGAGAAGCUGCUGGUGUUCACGCCGUCGCGACGCGUGCAGGGCCGGCGCGUGGUCUGCUACGACGACCGCUUCAUCGUCAAGCUGGCCUACGACUCGGACGGCAUCAUCGUGUCCAACGACAACUACCGCGACCUGCAGAACGAGAAGCCCGAGUGGAAGACGUUCAUCGAGGAGCGGCUCCUCAUGUACUCCUUCGUCAACGACAAGUUCAUGCCACCCGACGACCCCCUGGGGAGACACGGCCCGAGCCUGGAGAACUUCCUCCGCAAGCGGCCCGUGGUCCCGGAGCAUAAAAAGCAGCCGUGCCCCUAUGGUAAGAAGUGCACGUACGGCCACAAGUGUAAGUACUACCACCCCGAGCGCGUCAACCAGCCACAGCGCUCCGUGGCCGACGAGCUGCGCGCCUUCGCCAAGCUGUCGGCCGUGAAGACCAUGAGCGAGGGCGCGCUGGUCAAGUGCGGCCUGGGCCCGGCCGGCGCCAAGGAGGGCGGCGGCGGCGGCGGCUCGGAGGCCAAGCGCGUGGCGCCCAAGCGGCAGUCGGACCCCAGCAUCCGCUCCCCGGCCUGCGAGCCCGAGGAGACGGCGCCGUCGCCCCUCGCCGCCGCCCGCAAGCCGGAGGCCAGCUCCGUGCCUUCGCUGGUGUCGGCGCUGAGCGUGCCCACCAUGCAGCCCGCCAAGAGCCACGCCCCCGGCGCCCUGAACACGCGCUCCGCCAGCAGCCCCGUGCCGGGCUCCAUGCACUUCUCCCACAGCUCCCUGGAGCACAUGUCCAGCGUGCACUACCCGCCCAUCCUGGUGACCAACAGCCACGGGGCCUCGGUCACCUACAGCGACCAGUUCCCCAAGUACGACUCGGUCAGCGACCGCGGCUACUACUCGCUGCACAGCGACUUCUCCACCAUGAGCAUGGGCAGCAUGCAGAACGUGGACAGCUUCUGCAGCAUGGAGCACGAGCACGGGGGGGGCGGGGCCUACCAGCGGCCGGGCCCGGGCCCGGGCCGCCGCCCCGAGUCCUGCCUCAGCCACUCCAACAGCGACUCCUUCUCCUCCUACGGGGACCACUACGCCGGCUCGGGGGACGGCAGCCUGGAGGAGAGUCUGAAGGGGCCGCGGCCGCCCUCGCUGAGCCAGGCGCAGAUCCACGCCUUCUCCCACGGCUUCCACCGGGACGCCCUGACCCGCGUGCACAGCUACGGCCCCGAGGAGCCCAAGCCGGGGCUCCGCAAGGCGGGCGGCGGCGGCGGCGGGCACCUGGCGCCCCACAUCCAGCACGUGCCGGUGGGCGCGCGGUCCAGCUGCCCCGGGGACUACCCCCAGACGCAGAGCGUCCUGCCGCCGCUGUCGGCGCAGCCCGCCCGCUCGCUGGGCAUGACGCGCAUGGACAGCAUCUCGGACUCGCGGCUGUACGAGAGCAACCCCAUGCGGCAGCGCGGGCGGCCCCCGCUGUGCCGCGAGCAGCACGCCAGCUGGGACCCGCUGCCCUGCGUGGGCGGCGACUCGUACGGGUACCACUCGUACCCGCUGAGCGCCGGCCUCGUGCCGUGCUGCGAGCGCGUCAUGGUGCGCAGCAUGCCCGACAAGAUGGAGCAGAUCUGGAAGUCGCCGUGGGAGACGCCGCCGCCCGCCGCCGAGCGCCACGUGGCCCCGGAGCAGCGGUACCAGACGUACCGCAACCUGUGCAACAUCUUCCCGGCGUACGUGGUGCACGCCGUCAUGGAGAAGAACCCCCACCUGAGCGACCCCCAGCAGCUGGCGGCCGUGAUCGUCACCAAGCUGAGGUCCUGUCACUGAGUGCCGGCACGCUCGUUCACAUUACCCACAAUGCCCUGGGGCUGCUCCUUGGGUGUUUGGUGCGUUGGGGCGGACGACGGUGUGUUUGUUUGUUUUUCGGAUGACGGUGGCACGUUGAGCCACGUUUCCCGGGUGUUGUGUUAACUGGAGCAACGCUGCCCUCAAGAGGAUCUGGAGAGUACUGCAGUGCGACGAGUCACUCGGAGAACUCCGUAAGUAAAAGUCAAUCCAACGUUUGGAUGUUUGACGCAGGAAAACCAAGACUGAAUAUCUUUUGUUGUGCAUUUUCAUAUUCUCUCAUUUUAAAACUCGGACCGGGACACACAACACCUGGGGCGCUUCAUAACAGCCACGUAGCACAUGCAUGGAAAACAUCCAACUUUAUACUAAAUAUACAUUUAUAUAUUGUAUAUAUCCACAUUAUGUCUUAAAGCUUUUCAAGAAUCUGACCAUUCUCCACUCUGUUGCUCAACAUGAUGCAGCUCAUAAUUAGUAUUAAAAUAGGCAUAUCUGCAACGAUCAUUAACAUCACGUGGCUACCUGAGGCCAUGCUCUCACGAUGACCCAAGAACUACUGUUGACCACCAGCUCCGUCAAUGAGGCCAUUAGCCCAUGAUACGACACAAGCUAGCAAAGUGAGGCACACGCACUUGCCCUCGAAAUGACCCCUGGAUUCAUCUCAACAGCAGGAUUCAUCGGACAUCCUGAUUCAGGCGUGAAUCAGACGAUGCAUGCGUCCCCCCCAGGUUGUUGAUGUGUGUCCGACACAGGGGUUUGACGUACGCGCGAGGUGACCGAAGACUUGCGCGUUGUUUGUUGUCGUGUUUCCUCGGAGGAGCGCGAGGGAGGCUGCUUCUUACCUCACAGCAUGACGCCUUAUCUCCCACCGACCUAUGCUUCAGCCACCCCCUCGUCUGCUGCUCUGCCUCCUCCUCCUCCGCCCGCCACAUGUAAAGAUCUAUUUUCUCAGUUUCACCUCACAAAGCUACUAUUUUGGUAGGACUGAAAAGGCUCGGACCCGGGAACGCACACGUCUUUGUACAUAGAAUUCACAUCAAGCCAUCAUUUCAGACAUUAAUACGCUGCUAAACAAUGCCAAAAAAUGAAUCUAUUUAGUGUAUUUACUACUAUUCAUUUAGGGAGCAGGUCAACAGGGAGAAGGUGGGAGCAGGGCUAGGCAUCACCGUAAGGGGUAGUCUGAGGACAUGGGGAUCGAACCCCCCGGGUUGCGAGUCCAACACCCGAGGCGCCACUGCUCCAUCCUGGCCCAGAGUUCUUCUCCCGGGUUGGAGGGUUCUACCGAAUCAUAGAUGUUGUUUCAACAGUUCAUUUGGUGUCGUUUUCCGUCCGGUGUAUUUAUUGCAGAUUCAGGAUUUUCUAACAUAUAUAUUUCUGUAAGAUGUUUCUAUGAUGCUCAAAGUUGGCACAAUUUAGAUUUGCCCGAAUUAAUUUUGUCGGAAUAUCAAGGGAUAUUUCUCAAUGGAAAAGUAUAUCGCAAGGAGGUCUGCAACUAUAUUAACCGUAUAAAAAAAUGUUUGUAAAAAAGUAUUUUAUGCUAACCGAGCAACGCUCGGAUUGUGGUCGUAACUUCACCCACAACGGCUCCACCGCUCAAAACAUAAACCGGAGAAGGUUUCUCGAUGUGGGGAGACUGCUUUCUACUCUCUGCUUUUUCACAAAGUAGGAAGAAGAAUCUUAUUGCCUUGCAGUCUAGUACACUCACAUGUUCACUUUAACUCGAUGGUCCACCUCUACCCCGUGUCCCAGUCAGCUCGGAGCCGUACCGUUAAAGAUGGCGCUGGCUCUGCUGAACCCGGACCUUAUUGCUUUACAAAGGGACGUACCAUUGGACUCGGUUCUCGUGAUGCACUUUGAUAUCCAGCACAUUGAGCUUCUAAUGUUGACUUUCGUCUGUGCCAUUUCAAUACAUUUAAAUAUGUGCUAAAUAUACAUUAUAGUUGUCGUAGUGUCACCGAGUCGGUUGUAUUCGAGAAUCCCGCCCCGCAUUCACGACAUCGUACCAGCCAUGUAUAGAAUGGUACGCACCAAGAAUGGGGACGCCAUGUUCCACCGGUAACAAGGCUUGGGUUUGUUCCUGAAGCCUAACCUAAUUCGUCCAAGAAGUCCGCUAUAGUAGGUGUCCGAGUUAAGCCCGGGGCCUGGCGGUUAAAGAGCCUUGGACGUUACUAAUAACGACCGACGUAACACCGCGAACUCGCCGCUCACAUUAGUAAAAAAACGCUCCGAAGUUUCAGUUGGUGACAUCAGUGCCUUGCUACAGUCCGCGUUGCUUAGCGACCAGGUGUUUACCUCGUCAUCACAGGAGGUGGUACUUUACCGCGUUUACAAGUAUCUGACACACAGCCACAGACGCAUGCGGCCGUCCGGUGGCGUACCGAGGCGUUGCUACGGGCAACACCAUAGUAUCUGGUGGAUGGCGUCUGGCUCUGGGGCCACUGGGGGAACGCAGUGGGCAGAGCCAGCCUUAACGCCGGGUUAACUAGGCGUCUUUUAAACAGGAAUACCACUUAAUCCGAUCACUUGAGGUGGUUUUAUAAUCCUUAGAAUAAACAUCAUGGUUUUGUUGUAUAGGAAGUGAAUCGAGAGUUGCCACUAUUUUCAGCUAUCAAAUUAAUUAAGAUAUUUAAUCAAUAGACGUACGUGAAUGUGAUGAAGACACUAAAAUACCAAGUAUACCUUUGGCGUUGGGCCAAAUACAAGUACAGUACUAACGUCAUUUUUAACUAAACAAAUCUAAAGUUGCACAUUUAAUAACACCUCACUACUACAUUUCCCAAAA